AGGCCUUAAUUCCCCUGCUGCAUAUCCCCUCCACCACUUCUAUCCCUGCCUGCUUGCCCUGCUGUAGCAGUGUGGGAACAAAUUUUAAGAUGACCCUCUAAAAAUCAGAUUCUAGGCUUGGAAAAUCAUAAAAAAAUGUAUAAUUGUCCCAUGUCCAGAAUCUAAUUAUUGGGGCAGCGGGUUGUCCUAAAUUCAGAGUCAUCUUGGAUUCAGCUAAAUAUGAUAUUUAGCUGACUUUUUGAUUAAACUAAAUAUGUUGAGCUCCUCAAGCCCUUCACUAUAAAUAAUAAACUUGUAUCCAUCAGUCAUCCUUGUGACUCUUCUCUGAACCAUUUCCAAUUUUUCAGGAUCUUUAUUUGUGUUUUAUACACCAGAUUUCCAAUGGAUUCCUAGAGUGGUCACAGUAGUUCUGGCACCUCCAUCUUCUUCCUUAGGGAGCAAUGCUAAUAUGAUCCUCUAAUUACAGAAAGGCUAAUAUGAUCUCUGAGUGUCAGUAUCUCCUUAAGGAGGUAUUGACACUCAGGGAUCAUAUUGGCCUUUCUGUAAUUACUCAUGUAAGAUGGCAAGGUCAAAAAGUGAUAUGGGCUCCUAUAGAACUUACAUAGAAAGAGGUAAUAGUAGGAAACUGCCAUCUUGACUGAAAGCAGAGGGUCAAAAUUGGAGGUUGCUAUAGAUUCUCUUGUUCUCGCUGGAUCAGAGAGAGAGAGAGAGAGAGGUAAUACUCAUUUAACAAAGAAUUCUAUUCUACUACAGACACAAGAAGCUCUUUUGGGAGCCCAAGAUCUCUGAAUUUAGCUGAGCCUCCAUAUGUGAGUUGUUGCCUUCAUCUCUAUAGCUGAUGGUAGGCAUCGAAUGUGGGCUCAUUAGAAUUAAAAACCUGAAGCUAUUCAUCCUGAACUGUUAUAUCCUCAGGUGAUUUGGCACAGGUGCUUGCCACAUGGCUGAAAGUCUAAGAUACUGCAGUAAGUGUAUACAAAAUGUGAGUUCAAGUCCUGCCUUGCCACAGACUUCUGUAACUUGGGGCAUAUCUCCUCUAUGCUUCUUUCCUAUCUGGACUGGUACAGAAUGACGUCUUUGUCUCCCUCCCUUUUUAUCUGUCUGUUAAGCUUAGAUGUAUUUCGGACUAUUUUGACCAGCAUACUUGGGACUAUUGUGAAUUACUAUAGCUUGUGUUGAAGGGUCAAGGCUCCCUUAUGAGGGCUGUACCAGAGUCUCACCCUCAGUGGACAGGGCAGAGAGAGGCACCUGUAAUGCAUGCUCAACUUUAGAUUAAAUUAACUUCACACAGAAGAACCUGUCUCAUGCUUGCCAUGCCCAUGAAGCCUGCCCUUUUCAUGAACCCUGGCAUGUCUACAAUGCCACCCCAUCUUUGGGGCUUCUAGAUGCUACUUUAGUACAAAUAAGAAGCAAUUAUACCGAGAAACAUAGAAACCCAAGUUUAAUUGUUGGCAAGUGAACAGAAAUAAAUGGCAGAGAAAGAAAAAGUUGGCAACAUGUUCAUUUUUUUUUCUGUCUUUAAACCACAAAAAUUGCCUUUUAAAUAGGCUUAAUGAAUCCAAGCAGUUGCACAAUACAGCAUUUCUCAAAAUAUUUACUGCAUAUUUAGGAGUGGAGACCAUACUUGGGAUGAGCUAGGUCUCUCUCAGGGAUUUGAAAACCUUCUUGCUGUGAUCUACCUUGACAGUUCAGUCUGACUUUGAGCAUAGUUUGAUCUAUAUGGUUAGCGUAGAGAAUCACCAGCCUGGAGGAUAUCACUGAUAGAAGGGAUGAUAUUUGAUGCCUUAAUAAACAGUCUGGCCACUGUGAAAGGACAUAUAAACAGCGGAGAAGUUUUCAGUAUAAAUAUAGGCACAGAAAAUAACUUGCAGUUCUUGAAGACUUUUGGAUGAAUCAUGAGCAUGUGCUUGUGUGUAGACAGUAAAUCAAGCGGAAAUAAAUUGUGUAUAAUGCAUCACUGUGUAAAGAGAAUGACUUGAAGGUAGAAAAUUAAAAUAUGAUUGUUAAUCUUUGGCUAUUUGAGAAACUGUAGUCUUGCUGUAGGAGCAGUUGAGAGGUGCCCUUUACAGGCACCACUCUUAAGAGGCACAGUGCUUUGCUUUCUUUCAUUUGACAUUAGUAUGUAGGGUGAAGACAGACAGCGUUCCAUACUUUAUGGGCAUGCCUGAUGGUUAUCACCCUGAUUUUUAUGGGUGUUUAAGGGGGUGUGAGGACUGACACUGGCUUUCCCCUAUGAAGUAAGAAGCUUAGGGGAAGGCGCUAAUUUUCUUCUCUCUUGUUGGGAGUCACCAAAAUCAGCCCUGAAAUGAAGCUUUUUCUUCUACUGAUGUUUAGCAUAGAUUAUCUCCUUCAGGAAAUAGUACUAUGUGUGGUUUUGGACAAUGUACUUGACUCACCCAUAUUGCACUGUCCUCUCUACAACAGUUAUUUAAUUGAAGUCUCUCACUCUCCUGUCUGAUAGACUUUACUUCCUUAACACACCUAGGAACACAGAGGUGCACAAUUGCAAAGUGAUUUGUCUAGUGUCACAUCCCAAAUGUAGCAGUAGAAAAAAAAUCAAACAGAUGCCCUGACUGCAGAUUCUGGGCUGUUGUGCCUUAACUGGAAUACCUUUCCUUGAUGCAGUUCUGCAGAAGAAAUGUGCAGGCUUUAGAGGUAGCAACUCUAAUAAUAUGUUAUGCAUCGUUCUCUUAGAAGCUGUAGAAUUGCUAUGUUAUUCCUGCAUUACACAAUGAUGAUACCGAAGUAGCUCUGAAAUGCAUUUAGUUAAUAUGACAGAUAACUAUAGUGUUUCUCCAUAUACACAUGGCCACAUACCAAAUCAGCCUAGAAUACGCAGUUGAAAAUGUAAACUUUUAGUUUCUGCUGUCAUACAGCUCCCCCACACCUGCACAUGCAUUUCCCUCUGCUAUGUGAAAAGACAAGUCAUGUAAUUCAAAACAUUGUGAAGAUGACAUGACAUCUGCUUAAAAUCAGGAAAGCCAACCAUUGGGAUCAGUACAUUAGCAUAUUUGCAGCCUUUUUUUCUCCCUUGGUAGCCUACCUGGAAACUGUUGCUUUGUCUAUAUUCCAUUUGAUAGAAUCUUCACCAAGCUUAUAGGGUCACUUCAAAGCACCUGACAAAUCAAAUCAGAUACUUGAGAUUAGGUAUUUUUUAGGCCACAUAAACCAUAAUCAGUGCAACAGGCCUGAGAAUCAGAUUCCUUUCUACUACCCACUUUUCUGCAGAAGAAUAACUUCUUAUCCCCAUUUUUGCUCAGUACAGCUAAGUACACAUAGUCAAAAAGCCUGACGCUGUAUUGAUUCAGUCUUUGCAAGUUACUCUAAAAUGGAGAGAUUAAAUUGAAAUAGAAGUGAACAGACUGUGAAGAAGGACUGGUUAUAAAUAAGGUCCAGAGAACAGAAAAAGAGAUCACACUGGGAGAACGCUAAUUUUGCAGUAGCUAUUCCUUGAAAAGGAACAGGGGAGGUGGUUCUCGCCCCUACCUUGGGCAAAUUCAAGAGGAGGUUGGACGAUCACCUGUCUGGGGUCUUGUGAUCCCAGCAUUCAUUCCUGCCUGUGGCAGGGGGGCAGGCUAGAUGAUCUGUUCAGGUCCCCCCUGACCCUAGCUACUAUGAAACUAUGAAGAUAAAGAGACCCAGAGGGGCGCGGCAUGGUGUGAGGGAGGAGAGAGAAAGGAGCGAGGGUUCAGAGGAAGAGAAGCCGUGGAGGAAAGAUCAAAAUGAGGAAAUCCCGGGAGCCAGUUCUGCUUGAGAGAGAGGACAUAGCCAGAGGACAGAAUCUGGAAUCCCUGAAGAAAUAAGCUGACUCUUGAAUCACUCAGAGGAGUGGAGUAAUGAAAGCAGAAACUGCAAGAAAGGAGGCGCAGCAGAUGCUCGUCAGUUUUCACAAAGAUUCCGACCUGAGUAUGCGGACACUCAGCACACCCAGUCCAGCAUUAAUAUGUCCACAGAAUUCACAAGGCUGCCAGAAUGGCAGAGGAUCUUCCACCUCAUCAUCCUCAGUCACUGGGGAGACAGUUGCUAUGGUCCAUUCACCUCCUCCAACUCGCCUUACUCAUCCUCUCAUCCGGCUGGCAUCCAAGCAUCAGAAGGAACAAGCUAACAUAGAUCGGCUCCCAGACCAGUCCAUGAUCCAAAUUUUCUCUUUCCUGCCAACCAAUCAGUUGUGCCGCUGUGCCCGGGUGUGUCGCCGUUGGUAUAACCUGGCUUGGGAUCCACGGCUUUGGAGGACUAUUCGCCUGACAGGCGAGACAAUCAAUGUAGAUAGGGCUCUUAAAGUGCUAACCCGGAGGCUUUGUCAGGACACACCAAAUGUAUGUCUCAUGUUGGAGACGGUAAUUGUUAGUGGCUGCAGGCGGCUCACAGACAGGGGACUCUAUACCAUAGCUCAAUGCUGUCCAGAACUGAGGAGAUUAGAGGUGUCAGGCUGUUACAACAUCUCCAACGAAGCAGUCUUUGAUGUGGUGUCACUGUGUCCAAACCUGGAGCACCUGGAUGUGUCAGGCUGCUCCAAGGUGACGUGCAUUAGUCUUACUCGUGAAGCUUCGAUCAAGCUGUCUCCGUUACAUGGUAAACAGAUCUCCAUCCGCUACUUGGACAUGACAGACUGCUUUGUCCUGGAGGAUGAAGGACUGCACACCAUUGCUGCUCACUGCACACAGCUGACCCAUCUGUAUCUGCGCCGCUGUGUCCGCAUCACCGAUGAAGGCCUCCGCUACCUAAUGAUCUACUGCACGUCUGUCAAGGAGCUGAGCGUGAGCGACUGCCGCUUUGUCAGUGACUUUGGCAUGAGGGAGAUUGCCAAGCUGGAGUCACGCCUGAGGUACCUCAGCAUUGCCCACUGCGGCCGAAUCACAGAUGUGGGCAUCCGUUACAUUGCCAAGUACUGCAGCAAGCUGCGCUACCUGAAUGCGCGGGGCUGCGAGGGCAUCACGGACCAUGGUGUGGAGUACCUUGCCAAAAAUUGCACAAAACUCAAGUCACUAGAUAUCGGCAAGUGUCCUUUGGUCUCAGACGCUGGCCUGGAGUUCCUGGCCCUAAACUGCUUCAACCUGAAGCGCCUGAGCCUGAAGUCUUGUGAGAGCAUCACAGGCCAGGGCUUGCAGAUUGUUGCUGCCAACUGCUUUGACCUGCAGAUGCUGAAUGUGCAGGACUGCGAUGUCUCUGUGGAUGCCCUGCGGUUUGUUAAACGCCAUUGCAAGCGUUGUAUUAUAGAGCACACCAACCCUGCUUUUUUCUAACAGGAUCGUCAGCUCCUGCCGAUGACCACAAAAUAUUAAAAAUAUUGAUGUAUAAAAAAUACACAUGGCCAUGUACAGUAACUAUCUUCUCUCAAAUGGCUCCUGGGAGUCAGCUUUCUUGUAUGUUGUUGGAGAGGGUUUAAAAAAAAAAUUAUAUAUAUAUAAAAAAAACUGGGGGGGUGGGGGGCAGCUAUACCAUCACUAUUUUCCUAAUUGGAUCCAGUCCCUUUGGAGAAGCUUCCUUAACCUAAAAGCAGUGAGAUCUCAGCAUUACAUUGCUAUUCCCAUGACAUUCAUGAGCAGUCCUAGUCCUUCCAGAGGAAUAGGUCUUUUUGAGAUGCAACCUAAGCAUUAUUAAAAUAUGAAUACCAGCUGUGUAGGUGAUGCUAAGCAGCCAUUAUUUGUCUGUAGACCUGCCCCCCAAAAUUCUUCCACAUGGCUGAAUGUGGCUUAACCUUAUCUUUAACUAUCAUCAUCUUGACAGUUUUUUGCCCACAUUCCAGCAAGCCCUGUAGAAAUACAAGAUCAGGUUUUUAAAUGUAGUCUAGGUUGGCGUAACUCUGCUCCUGUUUGUCUGAGCACAUUUGAAAAGCAUACCUCAAAUCUCUUUGACACCGUGUGUGAGGAUCGUGAAUACGCUACUGUCAGCACCACUGAUUUAACACAGGCUUCUUGUGUUUGUGUGAAAUCACCUUUUGCUACUAUAUCUACUGGGGCCCUUUGGGUGCAAUAAGCAUUAGCACUGGAGCAAAAGGAAAUUUUUAAGGGAUGUUGGAAGCAGCUGGUAUCCCUUUCUAAGCCAGUGAGUGAAAAUGUCAGUAAUUUCUGCUUAGCUGCAGUUUGGCCUAAGAGAUCCUACCUACGUUAUUGCCAUGGUGAAUGAAGGUAGUACUACACCAUACCAGGAAUUAGUAAGUGUUACAGAAUAGUUCAUACCAAAGCAAACCUAUAAGAGUUGCAGUAUAGCUGUGCUGUACCAGUGCCGACAGUUUAUUCCCUUCCUUAGUUGUUCCUCUACUACACCAGGGAAUGGUGCAACUGAGAUUCGUUUUACGAAGAGUGGAAUCAUUAUCUGCCCAUGUGUUGAAGUAUAUACUUUACUGUUCAGUAUGUGUACUUAUACACAGAAAGUUGCAUACUUUCUACAGCCUUCCAGUUUACUGGAUUGUAGAUUUCAAGACUUGGAAGUCAUUAACUGGCUAUCAGACCACAUCCUUGGGAAAAAGGGAUUGGGGAUGUUAUCUGUAUUAGAACUGGAUUCAGGGAAAUCAUGUCUGUGUGUUCCCUCAAACUAAGAAAUUUUAUCGUACAUCAAGGAAUGAAAAUAUCAGCAUUGCCCUGUAUGGCUGGAGCCUCUUUGCUCCAGGUGUUCCUGAUAUAGCCACUCUCUUGCUAAUGCCAUCAGUUUGAAAGCUUUCCCCCUACUCAUUGCCUUCUUUUUUCCCCUGAGCAUGUGAUCAUUUCAUCAUAUCAUAAUCACCUGGCAACUGCUUUCCCCUCUCAGAUUCUGGCAAGUCAUCUCAGAUCUGAAUGCCAGACACGUUAGGAGUGAUGAUAUUUUCAGGCAGGCAGGCCCCCUGCAUAAAAUUGACAACCAGGUUCAGAUGUUAGGCCCCAAGCACUAUAAAUGUUUCUGGUAGAGAGAUGUGGGAAAGAAACAUCCUGUCUGGUUUUCAUAAAAACAGUAGCCUCAUCGUCUCCAGACAACAUUAAUAAUGUCACUGAUAUGAAGUGAAAAUCCAUGUGUUUAAGAAAAUACAUAAUCACUAAGGAAAUGUUGGUAGCACAUGAUUUGGGGGGCAACAAAUGUUUGCAGAAAGUUCCCUCUUGUGAGGUGAAUUGUGUUUCCAUUAGGAAGAAAUAAAUCCUUUACCUCAUGCAUAUUCCUUUGCCUGUGGUUAAUUGUGUGUCUCUUUCCACAUGGAAUAUUUAUCUCAUGACCAAACUUGGUAAUUCUAAAUAACACUGUACAAAUCUGACAAGGGCCAGGGGUUCAAAUGAUUGUGUGGAAAAUGUCUUCCAGUUCCUCGUCACCCCAAAUCAGCAUAUGCUUGUGAGUGGUACCAUUCUUUGCCAGCUGCCAUCAGGAUAGUUUUCUUUUCCAUUCUUUUUUAAUACAAUUGAUCUGUCAGGCAUACUAUACAGCGUCAUUCAUCCUAGCCACUUAUACUCUUCAUUAUCCUUAAUACAGAGCUGGCCCAAGAGAGAGAUAAAUGUUGAAUCCAUUCUUGAGAACGGUGGGAAUUUGAUUGAGCCACUUGCACUCAUGAAAUGAAAGGUCUUGUGAUGUUUAACUGUUUAUAAAAAAAGGUUGCUACUUUUCUGGCUAUGCUAAAUUGAAUGAAUAGCGCUGCGUGGUUUUUAAAGGUCCUAAUGUUUAAAUUGGCCUAUACUGUAUGAAUCUCACUAUAAAGCCUUAAUUUACUACCAAGAAAUAAAGCAAUAUAUUGGUAA